AUGAAAGCUUUGGUUGGUUUCGACCGAAUUAGAACCAUCGACUGUGCUGUUACAGCGAAACCUCCUAGUAACUUUACAAAGAAAACGAUGACGAGGAAUGGGUGGUCCAACAUCCAGAUCCGUUCAGAUCGAUCAUUUCCGGUUCUCAAGUUCUCCUGCCACCGCUCUUUAAUCGCUGAGCUUCAUCGCCAAAGUUUUUCGAUCCAUGAGCCGCUACAAGAACUUAAGAACCGAAGAUGA